CACAAGCGUUGCGAGUAUUAAAAAUCGGAGGAAGUAAUUAACAUCAUGAUAAUAAACAAAAUAAUAAAAAUUAAAAAGAAUUGCCUGGCUUUGUAAAUAUUGAAACGGUGAUCCGAUCAAUCCAAACUCAACCGAAAAAAGUAUGCAACUAAAACCGUUGAAUCCUUUGUCAAGACCCCACAAAGAAUCAGAUUCUUUCUUUGAUAUACAUCAAAGUCAUUUCUGUGACACCCAUUACCCAUUGCUGAGUAUCUUCAACAGGUACAGAAUAAAGUAGCAGAACAAUUUACAAAGUGUAAGUGGCAAGAGACAGGCAGCAAUGCUUAGUAUGAGACGAAAAACUUGAAUAAAACUCCAUUCUUUUAAUGCUAUAAGAAUUCUCUGCACUUAGCAGCAACCCUAAAGAUAAUCUCCAUUGCUUUAACCACAAAGACUUGAUCGAAAAGGCACAAUGAUCAGGGGGUAUAGAGAUUCUCCAUUUCAUCAGGAUGAGCAACUCAGAUGGAACCAUCAUUCUAUUUUUCAAGACAACCCAAGAAAUGGCGCACCGGCUGGAUACAGGCCGUUUGAGGAAACACCUGUCAUAAGACCCUUUGGCCUAACAAGUUUUCCCUCGGAUUUUUAUCCUGCAACACGGUUUGUAAUUCUCAGCAACAACACAGGUCACGGUGACGGAAUGAACCCUAGGUUUCCACAAUCUUCACAGAGGAUAAUACCCAGAUACACUAGCAAUGAAAGCACGCAUGUACCUACAGAAACCGAUGAUGACUCAAAGCUGACAAAAGAAGAACAAGUGAUCGUUCUCAAGAAACUAAAGAAAGAAAUAUACAAUCCAAUGCCUAAGAUUCUGGCAAGAAGAGUGAGCUUAUACUACAGGGAUGUUAACAGAGACAUUACUAGCAAGUCAAUGGAAAAGCAUAAAGAUGAAGAUGGGAAAAGUUGUGCUGUUUGUUUAGAGGAUUUUGAAGCUAGAGAAGAAGUGAUGGUGACACCUUGCAGUCAUAUGUUUCAUGAAGAAUGCGUAGUACCUUGGGUGAAAAACCAUGGAGAUUGUCCUGUUUGUAGGGCCACUUUUUAUGAGAGGAGAGAAAGACUAAUUAGAGGCCAGCCAUUCAACGACAACAACAGAGGGGUUAGGGUACCUGCUCUGUUUUCUGAUGAGCUCCUUUCUCUUUUCCAAUCACUGGAUGAAGCUUUUCCUUGGAGAUUUUUGAACUAAUUUCUCCCAGAUUUUACAAAGUUAUGCCAUGGCAUAGAGGAUAAUUAAUCGUGUAAUGUGUAGUAUCAAAACAAGUACAAGUAUAAUAUAUAUAUUUCGAAAAUGAUAAAGUUCGCAACAUGCGACCUUUAAGUCGUGUCACAAUGAUGACAUGGCAUGCUUAUGUGUCAUGAUUUAAAUUGGAAUCUAAAAUAUUUAACUUAUAAAAAUCCA